AUGUUCGGACUACUACUGCUUGUGACGAUUACAAGAUUAGCAGUUGCCGACUUUGACCCAGAUUUGCAUGAAAAGUACCUCAGCAUGCCAAGAUCAUCCUUCGUUAAAUACUUCAAUGAACAGAACUACUCUUGGAAAAUGACUGAAUACGAUACAAACAUUCGUGAAAGGUAUGCACCCAACGCACAUUUUAAUUAUACUGAUUCUAUAAAAGGAAUUCCAAGCAUUACUCCCGAAUUUGAAGAUUUAGAACUCCCCGAAACCUUUGACGCUAGACAGCACUGGCCUCACUGUGAAUCUAUAAAAGAUAUCUACGACCAAGAAGAUUGUGAAGCCAGCUUUCCAUUUGCCGUAGUGUCCGCAAUAUCUGACAGAACAUGCAUUCAAAAGAAUAUUCACGUACGACUUUCUCAACAAGAUUUCGGAUGUUUUCACAAAGGAAUAUGUGACGGCGAAGGAAACUUAUAUUCCUUUUUUGCCUAUUGGACACAACAUGGUCUCGUCACCCAAAAAUGUAAGCCUUAUAAUAUUCACGAACUCAAAGAAAAUAUCUGUAUGCAUGAAUGUGUAAAUAAUGAUACAGAUUAUGAUAAAGACAAACACUUCGGUGACACUUAUAAUUCAUAUUUUAACAGAAAGCGUGCUAUCAAGGUUGACUUAGUAACGAACGGACCAGUUAUAACAAAUUUUCCUGUUUACGAAGAUUUUUAUAAUUACCAUAGAGGUAUUUAUGAACAUAAAUAUGGUCUGUUUGAUGGUAAAAUCGGUGUUCGAGUGAUUGGCUAUGGUGUUGAAGAUGGAGAGAAAUAUUGGUUAGUUGCCAACAGUUGGGGUAAGAAAUGGGGAGAACAAGGCCUAUUUAAACUUAAAUAUAAUCUAACUAAGGUUGUAUUUGACCUGUACAUAACGAGUCCUGUACCUAAAAACUGAUUCAUUACUUUUUUAAACAUAAUAUGGUAAACGGAAUGCUCACAAAAAA